GGGUGUUCUCUGCUUUCUACAGUUAUGGAGUCCCUGUGGGGCCGCUGUUUCCCCUCCCAGGCUCUAAUGCUCAGGAUCCCCCUGCUCCUGGCUAUUCCCUCACCAAGCUUCCAGACUGCGGCCGACCCCAGCUCCUCCCACACCCUGGAAAGGACCGUUGGGGACUCUGUCCAGCUGCACCUGAUCUCCUCCUUGUCCCCUAAUGUCCGAGAGGUUGAGUGGAGUUGGCAAUCUGAGCCCGAGAAACAACAGUUCCUGGUGUCCUGGAAGCCUGAUGACUCUGGUCCUGACUGGUAUGAGCUUGAAGGAAAAUUCAGGAGCAGUCUCUCCCUGACAGAGAUGGCAGUUUUGAGCAUCAGGAAUCUCAGUACGGAAAUGAGUGGAUGGUAUACAGCAAAUGUCAAAUUCCGCACAGGAAAAUCCCAGAAGGAAGUCUUUAGACUCUGUGUAUAUGAGCCCAUCCCCCACCCCCAGAUUGUGAUUCAUUCACCAAUCAACCCAGCAGGCUGGUGCCAGGUCAGGCUGGAGUGUGAGACCCCAGGAUCUACAGAGAACUGGACAGUGACCUGGCUGACUGAGGGCCUCCCCAGGGAGCUGGAGCAGAGCGGGGCUCUGAGGCCAGCCCCCAGCUCCAGGAAUGUAAGCCUGAGCCUGCCCCUGAGCCAGGUGAAUGGCUACCUCACCUGUUUGGUCAGCAACCCUGUGGAGGAGAAGAAUGCCACCUUGCCCCUGCAGAGCAUCUGUCUGGUCAGGGGUUCUCCUGACCACAAAUGGCUUUGGAGAGGCGUCCUGCCCAUGCUUCUAAUGAUGAGCCUGGCUGGUGGAGUGUACGUCUGCAUGAGGAAGAAGAUGCAGUCCAGGAGGGGCCGGCCCACUCUGCUGCCCACAGAGCCAGGCUCAGCCAGUGUUCCUCAGGCCCUUCCCACAGAGGAACCUGCUGGCCUGCAGACUGGUGGGGCCAACAGCCACUGCCGUCCCGACGUGGAGAUGAGCCUCCUGAGACACCACAAGCUGACCACAAGCACCUCUGCUUGAGUCACAGAAUGACAUGGAGAGGAGUGGCGGCCACCCCCUCAGCUCGGAGUGCACCCCAACAGUCUACACUAUCUACGAGAAGGUCCGGCUGAGCCGAGAGCCCCAGGAAGACACCUAGGUCAACGAAGAUGUCAGAGCAUGAGGGGCCUUGGCAAGAUCUGCCCCACCCUACACUCCACCUAAGGCCCCCCAAAUCCCUCCUUAGGUGGAACGAGGACAAGCCCCAAGGUCUUCCUGCUGUACCCCCCAAGACAGUAGAACAGCACCACAUGUCCCUGGGCUCCUCACAAACUUCUUCUCACUUCACAGGUCUUGAACAUUGACCAUGCUGCCUGAGCGUCCAGCACGAGAGACUGGUCCUAGGGCGGGCAGUUGGAUUUCCGACCUUGACCCACUUAUUCCGGUGAGGGAAUACCCAUAGUCAGGCAAGACCUGCAGAGGCAUUUCUGGGAACAGAGAUGUUUUCCUGGAAUUGGGCGGGCCUUGGAUGGAGGACCGCCAGAUGUCACUGCCCAGCCCACCCCCAUGAACAGAGGAGGGAUGGCCCUGGGAAGGUCAAGUCCAGGGUCAGCUUCAGCUCUGCCAGAGGAAGGAAACAGCUCCUGAGCUCCAUCACCUGCAGGCUUACUGUAAACACCAGAAACGCACUAUCCCAAGGUCUCUUCAAAGUUCAAGCAAUUUCUCGACCCUUUUUUAAUUACUUAAUAUAUGUGAAUUGCAAGAAAGUCAAAGGCAUGUCUCCUUGAAAUUAUAUUUCAUCAGUUUUGUUGCAAAUAGGAUCCUGUUCCUAUUGUAUCUUCUAAUUAGUUGUUAAAAUAACAUAUUAAACACAUAUUGUCACAUCGCUGUUUCUCUACUGCUUGAAACAGUUUUUCAUUUGAUCCCUUUGAAUUUCUGGGCAAAGAACCAUAUUAUCGACAAAUAAUUAUAAUUUUUCCUUCCUUCUUUCCAAUUUUUAUGCUUCAUUCCUCUCCUGUUGUCUCACUCUGCUGGCAAAUACCUCCCAGACCAUGUUUAAGAGGAGUGAUUCUGAAGCACAUCCUUGUUUUGUUCCUAAUUUAUUGUAAGUGCUCCGAGGGCAUCCUUGUUAUUAGUAGAUUUCCUCCUAUUGAAUUAUUCUUGUGGUAUUGGAAUAAAUCCCAGUUGAUGUAUUAUUCUCUUAUUGUGCUACUGUUUGAUAAUAUUUUUAUUUGGGAUUUUGCAUCAUUCAUAAAAAAAAUUCUCCUGUACUUUUUAAUGCUUUACUUUGUUUGGUAUUUGAAUUAUGCUUACUAAAGAUUCCUUUUA